AUGCGCUCGCCCUCGACCGCACCCUCACCCGGCGGAGCCUACCACCCGCUCACGCAGGUCCCGCUCGACUCGCCCACCUCGGUCCUCAGCAGCAGCAGCGACGACGGCGACUUGGACGAGAAGCAGCUCAUGACCUCGAGCAACAAGCUGCCAUGGCGACCUCUGCGCUCCCGACUGCGCGCCGUCGGGCGGCUGUGGCGCGUCCUCCUCGCCGUCGCCUCCUUCAGCAUCCUGCACGCCCUACUGCCCUUGGACCGACGAGCGCAAGUGUCGGAGCAGCUCGCCAACCUGUCGAACGCCCUGCCGGCGCUGCCUGAACACGGCUCGUUCCUCCACCCGUGGAGGCUUGUCAAGGUCGACGACCCGCUCAUCUCGCUCCUCGAAGCCCGCCUCGAGUCGACUCCGCCUCUCGCGCCGUACCGCUUCCUCCUCGGCACCGUCCAGCGCUCCGAGGGCCCGGCCCUCAUCGAGUGGGUCCUGCACCACCUCGCCCUCGGCGCCGACCACCUCGUCGUGUUCGACUCGACCGCCGCGUCCUCGCCAACCUCGCCCUCGCUCGGCAUCGCCGCCGCCGCCGAGACGCGCGACCUCAUCCUGCCCCUCGUCGAGCUUGGCUGGGUCACGCUCGUGCGCGUUGACGGCCCCCCGGAUGCGGCACACCAAGGCGCCGCCAACAAGUUCCGGCGCGAGUGGGCCGAGCCGAAAGCGACGUGGAGCGCGUUCCUCGACGUCAACGAGUACCUCGUGCGGCGCGACGACCCGCUCGAUCCGGCCGCGACCGAGGUGGCCCACGGCGCCGAGUCGUCGCCGCCGCCGUCGUCGUCGUCGUCGUCGUCGUCGUCGUCGCCGGCCCUGUCGCUGCCCGACCUCGUCGAGCGCGAGUACGGCGCCGCCGUCGACGGCGUCGAGCUCCCGCGCGUGUGGAUGACGGCAUGCCCGCACGCGCCGACGAGCCCGCUCGCCGGCGUCCUCGAGCGCCACACGGCGCUCGUCACGCUCGACGCGCACGACGCCGCGCUCGCGCCGCGCGUCCUCGCCCGCAGCCGCAGCCGCGCGAGCUCGGCCUCGUCGUCGUCGUCGGCGCCGUCGCAGAGGGCCGCAGAGCCCGUCAUCGUCGCCCUGUCGGACCACGAGCAGCACGUCCCGCCGCCGCUCGUCGCCGAGCGCUACCCGCUGCACGUGCGGCGCUUUGUUCGCCGCGGGCGCGAGUGCCCGCACAGCGGCGGGCAGCCUGCGUCGCCCGCCGCGCAGGCGACGGUUGGCGACCCGGCGCUCGCGGCCCUCGAUCGGCGGGCGUGUGAGACGGGCGGUGUGCGCGGCGUCGAGGAGGACUUGGCACUGCUCGAGCGCGGGACGAGCCUUGCGGCGCUCGGGGCGCGCCUCGAGAAGAGGUGGCCCGUGUUUCGCAGCGACGACUACAGCCUGUCGGUGCUGCCCUCCUCGUCAUCGUCGUCGCCGUCGUCGGGCUCGCUCGGCUCGUCGAGGCGCGCGCCGCUCCCGUCCGACGACGAGGCGCCGCUCGAGCCGGGCACGACGCUCGUCGUCGACUCGAAGCACGGCGGGCACCCGGGCUUCCUCGAGGUCAUCCUCUCGACGAGCGAGUCGCGCCGCGCCCUGCCCGUCACGUACCUCGCCUCGGGCGGCGCCGCGUUCGACCUCCCGCCGUCCACGAGCCGCGAGCUCGUCUUUGCCUCGCGCGCCCGCGCCAACACGACGCUCACGGUCGUGCGGCAGUACGCGGCCCUGCCCUCGCCGGAACGCGACCCGCCGAGCCCGUGCUCCAUCAUGGGCCACCUCAAGAACCAGCCCAACCGGACCCAGCUCCUGCGGCUCGCCGAGGGCGCGUGCCGAGGCGUCGACGCGGCCCAGGUCGGCACGCUCGCGAGCCUGACGUGGCCCCACGCCAAGUACCGCGGCGACGUCGUCCUGUCGCGCUCGAUCCGGCUCGGCGCCUCGGCGCACUGGGCCGAGCCCGCCGCGCCGCACCCGCCGCUCAAGCUCGCCCGUCGACGCGCCAUCGACCUCGUCGCCGCCCGAGAAGAAGCGCCCGUUGCCGCCGCCGCCAACGCCGUCGCACCGGCGCCCUCGGACCUGGGCCUCGCCGGCCUCACGCAGGGCCACUGGGCGCUCCACUCGCUCCAGUCGCUCGUCGCCUCGUCGCGCGCCGAGCGCGACCCGCAGACGCGCCUGUACACGACCGAGACGUGCCCGCGCCAGUUCUCGAAACCCUACUGGGACGAGCAGUGCGGCACGCACCGCUCGAAGCUCGCGCGCGACGGCGUGUGGCGCUGGGUGCCCGACGGCGCCAGGUCGUACAAGGGCGCGGCGCUGCCCGCCAGCGAGCUGCGGGCGUGCCUGCGCGCUGACGGGCUCGGGCGCCAGGCAUCGGCGGCGGCGGCGGCGGCGGUGGGCGACGAGCGGCGCCGGAUCCUCGUCGUCGGCGACAGCGUGUCGAGCCACACGUUCCUCGCGCUCCAGUGCCUCGUCGCGACGCACCUCGGCAUCUCGGACUCGGCGCGCCACGUCCGGUUCCGCAGCGUCCAGUACGAGGCGCUCGACCUCGCCGGCGCGACGACGGGCCCUGGCUCGGGCCCCGAGGGCGAGGGCGCAGCAGCGUCGCUGCUCGGCCGACGCGAGUGGGACGAGCUCGUCGCGUGGGAGUGGGACGUCGACGAGCGCAGGGCAACCAUGUACCCGCACGUCGUCGUCCUCAACGUCGGCCUGUGGCCCGCCUCGUGGGCGACCGCGAGCGGGUACGCCGCCGGGCUCGCGACGGCGCUCGAGCACCUCGUCGCGCUCGCGUACGACCCGAAGCGCAACCCAAUGGGCCCGCGCAUCCUGUGGCGAGAGACGACGAGCGUGUUCCCGACAAAAGUCGCCGACCCGCUGUUCCAGGUCAACCCGCGCGUGCGGCUCCUCAACGUGCUCGCCGACCGCGCACUCGCCGCCGCCGCUGCAGGCGAGCGCGCCCCGUCGUCGGCGGCGGCGAUCGAAGUGCUGAAGGGCGUGUACGACAUGGUGAGCGCGCGCGCCGACAGCGCGAGGGACAGCGCGCACCUGUGCCCGGUCGUGCAGGGCGACGUGGCAGAGGUCGUCAUGCACCGCAUCUGCCGCGGCGGGUUGCUCGAGCGGUAGUACUUUGCUCUCUCUCUCUUUUUUUUUCUCUC